AGAGUCACAAGCUGGGCGGCACUUGCGUGAACGUUGGAUGUGUACCCAAAAAGGUAAUGUGGAACACAGCCGUGCACUCGGAAUUCAUACAUGAUCACGUGGAUUACGGCUUUCAAAACUGCAAGAGUAAAUUCAAUUGGCAUGUCAUCAAGGAGAAGCGGGAUGCUUACGUGAGCCGCCUGAACAACAUCUACCAAAACAAUUUAACCAAGUCCCACAUCGAAGUCAUCCACGGCUACGCAACAUUUGCAGAUGGUCCCCAGCCCACAGUGGAAGUCAACGGGAAAAAGUUCACUGCUCCACACAUCCUGAUCGCCACGGGUGGUGUGCCCACGGUUCCUCAUGAGAACCAGAUCCCAGGUGCCAGCCUGGGGAUAACCAGUGAUGGGUUCUUUCAGCUGGAAGACUUGCCCAGCCGCAGCGUUAUUGUGGGUGCCGGUUACAUUGCCGUGGAGAUUGCGGGCAUCCUCUCCGCCCUGGGCUCCAAGACGUCUCUUAUGAUCAGGCAUGAUAAGGUGCUUAGAAGCUUUGAUUCACUCAUCAGUUCCAACUGCACCGAGGAGCUGGAGAACGCUGGCGUGGAGGUGUUGAAGUUCUCACAGGUUAAGGAAGUAAAGAAGACCCCAUCGGGCUUGGAACUCCAUGUGGUUACUGCACUUCCCGGUAGGAAACCCACCGUGACCACGAUUCCAGAUGUCGAUUGCCUGCUCUGGGCCAUUGGACGGGACCCAAAUUCUAAGGGCCUGAAUCUAAAUAAACUGGGGAUUCAGACUGAUGACAAAGGCCAUAUCCUAGUGGACGAGUUCCAGAAUACCAAUGUCAAAGGCGUCUAUGCCGUGGGCGAUGUCUGUGGGAAAGCACUUCUCACCCCAGUUGCGAUCGCUGCUGGCCGGAAACUCGCCCAUAGACUUUUUGAGGGCAAAGAAGAUUCCAGGUUGGACUAUGACAACAUCCCUACCGUGGUCUUCAGCCACCCGCCUAUCGGGACAGUGGGGCUCACUGAAGAUGAAGCCGUCCAUAAGUAUGGCAAAGACAAUGUGAAAAUCUACUCGACCGCCUUCACCCCGAUGUAUCACGCUGUGACCACGAGGAAGACGAAAUGCGUGAUGAAGAUGGUUUGUGCCAACAAAGAGGAGAAGGUGGUUGGCAUCCAUAUGCAGGGGAUUGGCUGCGAUGAGAUGCUUCAGGGCUUCGCUGUAGCAGUGAAAAUGGGGGCCACCAAGGCCGACUUCGACAAUACGGUCGCCAUUCAUCCUACCUCUUCAGAAGAGCUGGUCACACUGCGCUGAGAGCCCCGGGACUCGUGGCUAGCGGUCCGACCAGUGGGCCUCUGGGAGGAACCAAUCAAGUUUACGUCCUGCGCCAGCUUUAUAGAUUUCUGUAUUUUAAUCAGGAACUUCUGGUGGUGUAAAUUUCUAGUUAAGCAAAAAAUCGAGGUCUUAAGUGUCUAAUCAUAAGGUUGUUUUGUUAAUCCGGGGUUGGUUUUCAUGUGAUAAUAUUUACACUAGUUAGCAUUUUGAUUUUUUUUUUUAAUUAACAGCCUGUGUUCUUUGUGUUUUUCUUGCUUUGGCCUCAUUCCAAGUUUAAAUAUAUGAAGUACACGGAAGUUAGCACACCUGACGGAUGACUAUAGCAGCUAAUUUUUUUUUUUUUUUUUCUGUGCAGCCCAGGGUAAGCUCAAACAACUCAAAAUCCUCCAGCUACAGCCUCAUGAGCGCUGCAGUUCUGGGCAUGCGUGGCCUCUCCCGGCCUAGCUUGCUAGUUUUAUAUGAUGGUAAGUCUCCAUCUAUAAAUAUGCAAGUGUACAGAAUACAUGUGUGCUUUUCGACCUGGUGUUUCUGUAUGGGAAA